AUGUCGAUUAUAUUCGCUCUUUUCCCGCUUUUAAUAAUCAUUAGUACAGUUGUCGUGUUUGGAUUAGAUCCGGAUGUACAGAUUGAUAUCAUUAAGGAUUUGGAUUUGGCCAACGCCACAUAUGGAUUAAGCCAAACCGCAGGGCUUCACAAUGGCAGCAGAGCCGUCUUGCUCCGAGAUACACAGAGAGCCGUUCAGGUUCCCCCCCGAACCGCAGACCAACUGUUGGAGCUUUUUAGGACCCAGAACGAGUUCACGUUCGUGGCUUCCAUCCAGCAGAAAGCGUCCACGUCUGGGGUGCUGUUCUCCAUCCAUGAGUCUGAGCACAGCUACUUUGAGUUGGAGAGCAGCGGACUCCGGGAGGAAAUUCGCUAUAAAUAUCGCCACAAAGGGAAACCGAGAUCCGAGACCUUUCCUUACAGACUAGCCGAUGGUCAGUGGCAUAAAAUCGCUCUGUCCAUCAGCACCAAUCAUCUUCUGCUUCAUGUGGACUGUAACAGAAUCUAUGAGAGAGUGAUUGACCCACCGCAGAUGGAUUUGACCGCAGGAAGUGAAAUUUGGUUCGGACAGCACAGUCACAGACACGCCCUCUUCAAGGGCUCCAUGCAAGACGUCAGAUUUGUUUUCGCUCCAAACGGCUACAUCACGCAGUGUCCCAACCUCAAUCGCACUUGUCCAACAUGCAGUGAUUUUCUCAGCCUGGUUCAGGGGAUCAUGGACCUGCAGGAGCUUCUGGCUAAAAUGACGUUAAAGUUGAACUAUGCUGAAUCCAGGUUGAAUCAGCUGGAGACCUGUCACUGUGAGAGGACGUGCAGCGUGAACGACGUGGUUUAUCGGGAUAAAGAACUCUGGACCGAACCGGAAAACUGCAGGACCUGCGCCUGCGUGAAUGGAGCUGUCGAGUGUCGGAGAAUAUUUUGUCCCCUUGUGAACUGUUCGGAGGAUUCGUUACCCGUUCACGUCGACGGAACGUGCUGUAAGAAAUGCAGACCCAAAUGCACCUACAGGGGUCAGAAUCUUUCCGAGGGUCAGCGCGUUCUCAUACAGAGCUGUAAAGAGUGCCGGAAUGGCGUGAUGGUGCCGGUGAUGGAAAGCUGUCCGAGUCUCAACUGUACAGUAAAAGAUCAGAUUUUACCUGAGAACAGAUGCUGCAACGUCUGCAGAGGUCAUGAUUUCUGCGCUGAGGGAGUUCUGUGUGGAGAAAAUUCAGUCUGCAAGAACCGGAAUAACAAAGCAGAGUGUGAUUGCAAGAGCGGCUACACACCUAUACACGGAGACCCCACCUACUGUGAAGAUAUAGACGAGUGUUCGACACUGAUGCAUUACUGCCAGGCUAACACGGUGUGUGUGAAUCUGCCCGGUGGGCAUCGAUGUGACUGUGUGCCCGGAUCCUCCAGAGUGGACGACUUCUCCUGCACAGAGCACGACGAGUGUGUCGCUGGUCAGAGUUCAUGUGAUGAAAACGCCAUCUGCACCAACACCAUCCACGGUCACCUGUGCACCUGCAAACCCGGAUUCGUGGGUAACGGCACCGUCUGUGAAGCGUUUUGCGAGGACGCCUGUCUGAACGGAGGGACGUGUGCGUCUCCGGACGUCUGCGCGUGUCCGACGGGCUUCACCGGACGCCUCUGCGAAACAGAUGUGGACGAGUGUGUGGAGGACGGUCCUUCUCAGUGCCACACACACUCCCUCUGUACCAACCUGCCCGGCUGGUACCACUGUCAGUGCCGUACCGGUUUCCAUGACAACGGCUCUCACCUGCCCGACGGCAGCUCCUGUGUCGAUAUCGACGAGUGUGAAAUGAACACUCACACAUGCUGGAAUGACUCGGUGUGUGUGAACCUCCCGGGAUCUUUCGACUGUGUGUGUGUGGACGGUCCCGAAUGCACCGGCAACUGCGUUCACGCAGACGAACUGAAACUCAACCACCAGGACUGGAACCCUGACCACGAUCACUGUACAGUCUGUACCUGCAGGGAGGGGCGUGUGUUCUGCAGGAGGAGAGGGUGCGAGUGUGCGGAUUCGGAUGUGGAUCUGUCCUGCUGUCCGGAGUGCGACACGCGCCAGAACAGCCAGUGUGUUCAUCAGAACGGGUACACGCUGUACCACAGCGGAGAGUCCUGGGUCUACAACUGCCAACAGUGCCAGUGCCUGCUCGGAGAGGUGCGCUGCGUACCCCUCUCGUGCCCGGUGCUACUGUGUAAUCAUUCGACCAUCCUGGAGGGCGAGUGUUGUCCUCGCUGCGUUUCUGACCCCUGCACCGCGGACACGGGGACCUCCGACCUCAGACUGGUGUGUCACGACCCGGCGGGUGUGACGCGCCUCAGCGGGUCGGUGUGGAGUGACCCCGGCGCACCCUGCACCACCUGUACAUGCAAGAACGGAAAGAUCUGCUGCAUGGUGGAGCUGGACUGCAUCCAGAACGAUUAGACAUCACG